AUGACUACUACACCACUCUGGCUGUUAAACAGUGCCCCAAAACAGAUAGUUCUUAAAUCCGUCUUAAAAGAUAUUAAUGGAUUGGUGCACUACGAAGAUAUUCUAAGUAUUAUAAAAACAGCCACGUUUACCACUCGUUUGAACUAUUUAACAAAAGUAUCGAUUGUUGUGUUUCUAUUUCUUCGAAGCAAGUCCAUCCCUAUCUUAAUAGAGGAUGUUUUAAUAUAUUGUAACUCAAAUAAAAUGACGUUUUUGUCACUUUUGGUUAAGAAUAAAGGAAUUGUUCCAGACUCAGUUGUAUCCGAGUCGUAUGUGGUGAAUGUGCUGAACAGGAUAUACUCGUCUUUUAGAAAGCAUAUAACUCUGUCUUAUGACUAUGUGAAGGAAAGAGUAAUUACGCUGUUCAGCAACAAGUACUACCACAAUAAGUCGCCGCUUAUUUCAGUACUGAUUCUUCUUUUCUACGAUGACAAGAAGAAGCUUGUUUCUAUUGUUAAGGAGCACUAUGUUAAUAUCACAAUGUACAGCGUAAAUAAAGAAAUAACCCGGAUAUCGCAGAUUAUCAAGGAGAAAAUAGCAGAAAAAAACUGCUUGGCACCAGAGACUAUAAACUUUGACAAAAUGAUCCAAAAGCCAAAGGAGCCAGAUGCGGAUGGAUGCGAGUCACAGGAGAACAUUGAUAUUAAUAUGGCCAUAAGCAGAUACAAUACAAUAAAGCAGCAAGAAAAGGAAGCAAAGGUUGAUCGGGCAAUACAGCUAUAUAAAGAAGGGCUUGGGACAAGCAAUAAAUAUGCCACUGAUUAUGAAGGAUUGAUGAUCGAGGGGAUGGUGCGAAAAGGAUACAGUAAGGAGAUGAUUAUGAGCUUAACAUACAAAGGACUUGAGUAUUACAGUAGUUAUAAAUGA